AGCACAUUUCCUGCAGACGUCAUAAGUCAGGAUAUUUCGGUUAUUUGCACGUGUCGAUUUUUUUUGUUUUUGCGACUGGAACAAUUUUUGUGUAAUUAGUUUUUCUUUGGGAGUGUCUCAAAAGUCGAUUGAAAAAUGCCAAAAGUAAGGGCAGAAAAGAAAACCAGACAACACCAACAGGUUAAAAACCAAGGGGUCAUGUUCAACACUGGCCUUGGUCAACACAUCUUGAAAAACCCACUGGUAGUCAAUGGAAUCAUUGAAAAGGCUGCUCUCAGGCCGACCGAUGUGGUGUUGGAGGUGGGACCUGGCACAGGAAACAUGACUGUCAAACUGCUUGAGAAAGCCAAAAAGGUAGUGGCCUGUGAGUUGGACGGUAGGCUGGUUGCUGAGCUCCAGAAGAGAGUGCAGUGCACGCCUAUGCAAACUAAACUACAGAUCUUAGUGGGGGAUGUCCUGAAAACAGAGCUGCCUUUCUUUGAUGUCUGUGUUGCCAAUUUACCUUACCAGAUUUCAUCACCUUUUGUCUUCAAGUUACUUCUGCACAGGCCUUUCUUUAGAUGUGCAGUGCUGAUGUUCCAGAGAGAGUUUGCCAUGCGUCUGGUUGCCAAGCCUGGAGACAAGCUGUACUGCAGGCUAUCCAUCAACACUCAGCUGCUGGCUCGAGUAGACCACCUCAUGAAGGUGGGGAAGAAUAACUUCCGUCCUCCUCCUAAAGUGGAGUCGAGUGUUGUCAGAAUAGAGCCUAAGAACCCACCACCUCCUGUUAACUUCCAGGAAUGGGAUGGUCUCGUCAGAAUUGCAUUUGUGAGGAAAAACAAAACCCUCAAUGCAGGUUUCAAGUCCACUGCAGUUGAGCAGCUGUUGGAGAAGAACUACAGGAUUCACUGUUCAGUACACAACGUGGAAAUCCCAGCAGACUUCAGCAUCACCAAGAAGAUUGAGAGUGUUUUGCAGGAGGCUGAGUUUAGUGAGAAGCGAGCCAGGAGCAUGGACAUGGAUGACUUCAUGGUACUUCUCCACGCGUUCAACUCUGCUGGGAUCCACUUUUCCUAACUGGACAGCUGAGGACUUUGUGCAGGAGCGCAAUAUGGUGACAACAUAUCCAGUUGUUAAACCUCCAGUGUUCUUUAAAGAACAGAAACUGGAAGCUUUUAUAGAUUGAGAUCACAUCAAGAGUCAUGUGAUAACUACUUUCACUGGCUGGAGGAAUGCAGCAAGACACCUCACUCAUGGACUACCUUCAUCAUGCCUUUUAUAUGAACAUGAAAGCUGGUGAUAAGUGAAACUGUUUGUUUUGCGGAAAUGUACAUAUUUACUAAGCGGUAACAGGUAUAGUUGAUGUUCAUACAUAAAACAGGUGACACAAGUACCUGUUGAGAUGUGUUCUAUGGUCAGCCCUACAGUAUGUGCUUGGUUGUCAUGGAUAGGUUGAAAAAUAUACUUUGUCAGAGGAGCCCUGAGCUAAUCUUUGUUUCAUGAAGUUACGCAAUUCAUGACUGCUUUACCACCAUAAAAAAAUUACCUUAACUCUUCAUCGGAAAGACAUAGCAGGAUAGUAAUAGCUAAGGUAUGCAAAAUAUGACAUAACUUGGGUAGAGUGCAGCAAAGCCUGUUUGAAUACUCCCAUCUCCCUAUGAAGUCUGCCUCUAGAUGGUGCUGGUGUCACUUCUGCCGAGUUACAGGGACAGAGUCACCACAGUCCCUGACAACUGUCUCUGGGUCCUACAAACAAAGGACAUCACACUGCUUACACACACACACACACCCUAUCAUUAAACUAGAGGUUUUCCUACC